AGCGACACGAAAAUGUUUAAAAAUACACGCGAUUAUCUCCCCGUUGUCAAACAAUCAUUAGAAACGUCAAAGAAAACGUUAAUCAGCUGAUAUGGUAAACAAACAAUAGCUGCGAAUUCAUAUACUAAGACCAGAAUUAUCGCCCUGGCUGCAUUGAGUCAUGCUGUUCUUCUACUAUCUUUAGGAUAAGAAAUGAUGCUUGUUGUGAAUCUUCAUAAAUCUGUGUGCCAAAGAUGUUUAGGGUCACAGCUUCCAAGCUGUCUUUGGACAUCUGUGACAAAACCUCGUCCUAUUUCAACUAGUAGAGCAUUGGAGAAUAAAUCGGUUUCUAAGCAUGUCCGAUCAGAUGCUGGAAAGUUUAACAAAGCUAAAGAAGCUACACGCACAACAUACUAUACAGCAGUUGUUCUGGUUGGUGUAGGUGUCACUGGUCUUAUGGCAUAUUCCAUUUUUAAGGAACUUCUGUCCUCCUUUUCUCCACAGACUGUGUAUACUGCAGCAAUAGAGAAAUGUACUUCACAUCCAAGAGUAAUUGAUUUUCUUGGUGAUUCAGUGAAAUGCUAUGGCGAAGAAGGUAGGCGAGGUCGCAGACAGCAUAUCAGCCAUAUGUCAUAUGAAAUUGAAGGCACUAAAGGUUUACGAAUAAAAUUCCAUUUAAAAGGGCAACGAAGAACGGCUACAGCUCACCUUGAUGCUAGAGAGACAUCAUCUGGAUGGGAAUUCCGUUAUCUUUAUGUACAAAUAGACACUUACCCUCAUGAGGUCAUUGUUGUUGAAGACAACCGUGAAGUAGUUGCUUCUGUGGUCUGAACCAAAUCUGGCUAUGCAAGCUUGAUGUCUGUUCAAAGAAUGGUUUUUAUAUUUCAAAAUCAGUCAUGAUACUUAAUACUGUUUAAUAAAUGAGUGUAUUUUAUUAAAUUUGAUAAAUGAAAUAUAAAAUAAAUGAAUUGCCUUGGAA